AUGGUCAAGUUUCUGGUGAAGUUCACUUCUGGUGAAGUUCAGAACAUAGUCCCGCAGGAGCCGCAGGGAGCUUAUCCGGAAAGGCCUGGCUUCACCAAGUACCAGACACGCUCCAAGCAGGAAGCAAGAAGAGCCAGGACCUCGCACACCUCCCAGAGAUCCUUCUGUGGCCGACGUGGUCUCAGUAAUCCUUCGGAAAUGGUUAACCUCACGGGAGUCUUCUUCGUGGUUCUUUUUGCCGGCACAGAGUUCUGCAUGCUCACGGCGACAUUCUCCCUGCCUUUCUGCAGGUCCCAUGUGAUCACACAGUUUUUCUGUGACAUCCCGUCGGUAAUAAAACUCUCCUGCUCUAAAACGUAUACUGCCUUCAAGGUGGCUGUAGCCACUGGUGCCUGUUUCAGUGUCUUCUGCUUCGUGUCCAUCGUGGUCUCAUACGUGCGCAUCUUCCGGGCCUUGCUGAGGAUGCCAGCCUCCGAGGGCCGGGCCAAGGCCUUCUCCACCUGCCUGCCCCAUAUCGUUGUCGUCACCGUUUUUUUCUCCACGGCCGCCUUCGCUCACUUAAAACCGACUUCCAGCUCGUCCUUUCAGCUGGAUCUGCUAGUAUCCGUGUUCUACACCGUGGUGCCCCCC